AUGUCGGACAAGGCCAGUUCCUCUCGCGCGAGGCUGCUCCAUCCGGCCCCGGAGGAGUUGCGUGAUCUUGUGCUUGAUUACCUCGUUCACAACUGCUACACCAACGCUGCCCGCGCGUUCGUCCGGGAUAGCAGCGUCAAGCCCAUCGGCUCCGACGGAGACGAGGCUAUGGCCUCGCCGGUGAAGGAGAUUCCAUCCGCUGUCCUCGAUAGUCUUGAGGAGAGGCUUGCGAUGGACGAGUUCCGCAAAGGCGCGCUGCCCUCCCUAGUCAUCAGGACGAACCUCCUCACGGGUCGCAUAGACGAAGCGACUGCGCUGCUCAACAAGCACUUCCCUGCUGUACUCGCAGAGCCCAUGGACGAGGACUCGGAUUUAUCCACCGCUUCACGUUUCAACUACGUGCCCUCGACGUCGGUAGAGCCCUCCCACCUCGCGCUCAAUCUCCGCAUCCAGGCUUUCAUUGAAACGGCAAGGAGGAUACCCCUCCUCUACUGCCCACCUGGGGCAUCAACGCCUCUCGAUCCUCCACCUCUGCUUCUGGGCCCUCCGGGUGCGGACGACGAACAUGAAAAUAGCGAGGCGAACACGCAGCUGUUGCACCGUGCCCAGAGCCUUUACUCAGAAGCCAACCAGCUCCCCGACAAGAACGAUCGUGUGAUGUAUCUCAACGAACUCGCCUCCGUUGGAGGCAUUCUCGCCUACAGUUUCCCGGAGGAGAGUCCGCUAGCAGACUACAUGUCGCAAGAGCGCCGCGAAGGCAUCGCAGAUCAGAUCGACGGUGCCAUCCUGUACCGCGCCAAGCAACCCGCCGUCUCACAAAUAGAACUCUACACACGCUAUACAAGCACAGUUUGGGGCAUGCUGCACGAGAAGGAGACCAAGGUCCCCUCGCGAAGCGUGUGGCCCCCAGGCGCGUUUCUGCCGCCUUCAGGGACACACUCGCAGGCCAAGGUGGUGCCCGCCAAAGACACGGGCAGUCGGGAAAGCGCAGCGGCUCCUGUGAAGAAGCAGACUGCGGAGAAGGAGACGGAAGAAAUUCUGCCGCGAUUCGACCUGGGCCUCUUCGUUGAGUCACCAAAUCCUAGGUAG